GAUCAAUAAGAGAUUAAUAAAAUAUAAUGCCUAAUGCAGAAAAGUUGAGGCAAGAUUGGUUCCCCCAUAUUGCAGACGGCCACUUGCAAACUGAUUAAUCUCUCUUGUGGAAAAUACUUGGAAAUAUAUAUCAGGAUCCAUAAAUAUGUUCAUAUAUUUUGACCCAAUUAUCCUACUCUUGGGAAUUUAUACCGGGAAGAACAAUUUUAAAAACCCAAACACUAUGCAUUAAAUGGUUCAUUAAAGUGGUUACAGUAAUCACAAAAAGGAAACAAUUGUAAUUAUUAAAAUGAUCUAUUCGAAUAUUAUAUGGCAUGCACAGAGGAUGUCUAGCAAAAACAAUAUGAUUUAGCAUUUACGCUAAAAUAACUACGAUUAUAAAGUACAUGGGCAAGACCUUUAACGAGAACAGGAGAAAGACAAGCUAUUUCAUUAUUUGGUGAGAUUGUACGCGGGCCUGGGAAGGGUCGAUGGCGUGGCGGGGGCUGGCGGCCGAGUUCCUGCAGGUGCCGGAGGUGACACGGGCCUACACCGCGGCCUGCGUCCUCACCACUGCUGCGCAGCUGGAGGUCCUCAGCCCUUUCCAGCUCUACUUCAACCCGCACCUCGUGCUCCGGAAGUUCCAGGUCUGGAGGCUCGUCACCAACUUCCUCUUCUUCCGGCCCCUGGGAUUCAGCUUCUUCUUCAACAUGCUCUUCGUGUUCCGCUACUGCCGCAUGCUGGAAGAAGGGUCCUUCCGCGGCCGCAAGGCCGACUUCGUCUUCAUGUUUCUCUUCAGAGGCGUCCUCAUGACCCUGCUGGGGCUGCUGGGCAGCCUGUUCUUCCUGGGCCAGGCCCUCACAGCCAUGCUGGUGUACGUCUGGAGCCGCCGCAGCCCUCGAGUGAGGGUCAGCUUCUUCGGCCUCCUCACCUUCCAGGCGCCGUUCCUGCCCUGGGCGCUCGUGGGCUUCUCCCUGCUGCUGGGCAACUCCAUCCUCGUGGACCUGCUGGGGAUUGCCGUGGGCCACAUCUACUACUUCCUGGAGGAUGUCUUCCCCAACCAGCCUGGAGGCAAGAGGCUGCUGCUGACCCCCAGGUUCCUGUGA